AUGAGGAGGUUCGCCAGCAGCCAGAACGUGCUGGCGAACUUCGACUGGACGGCGCAGGUGGCGCCGGUGGAUGCAACGGAGCAGAGGAACUGUUACUUUGACGACAAAGACAGAGACAAAGAAGAGCGAGAUGACGACGACGGCGACGAAGUGGUGAUUCCAUUUUCGUCCCCCAUUUUGGUAGGUGGAGUGGAGUCGAAGGCGAAGAAGGAAGUGAAUCUGUGGAAGAGAAGGACAAUGCUCACCCUCAACCACUUCGCUUGCGACAUCCCCAUUAUUCUGCAAAUGUAA